GAAGGAGAGAUCCAUGGAGAAGUUUGUUGUGUUUCCAUUCUCUUUAGGAUGUGUUUCUGAAUCAAGUGUUCCAGUGGUCAAUACCAACAAAAGCCACAACACAAACAAUUCUCAAUUAAAUCACCUUCCAACAAAAAGACAAGUAGGAGAUCAAAGUCCAUCAAAAGUGAAAAUAAAUGGAGUUUUGGUGAGACGACGAAUUUCUCAAGGAGUAGACACAUUCAAAAGGAAUUUCAAAGGUUUCUAUCAAUUAUUUGUGUACAAAGAAGAGAUUGAAGAAAUGGAGAUGGAAAUAGGUUAUCCAACAGAUGUGAAGCAUGUAACACAUAUAGGAUGGGAUGGAUCUACAAAAAAUAAUCCUAUGAUUAAAAACUGGGAUAAUUCAAAGGAAUCUGAUUUACUUUCAUUUCCUUCUAUUUCUAUUCAACAAUUUGAACUUGCUAUGGCUUCACAAGCUGGUGGAUCCUCUAGGUUUUAGUAGUUGCAACUAAUUUU